GGAAUAAACACACAUUCCUAAGUAUAAUAAUGCAUAGACACAAUAGGGAAAAUUCGUGAUAAGGGUUUGUUUGACAUUUUUAUCAUCGUAAAUGUCAAGUCGCGUGCAAUCGAAACGUCAUAGGCGUACGUCAACGUAAAAAAGAAUACACGGUGUUUAUUGAAAUAAGAAAUCUAUAUGAAGAUUUGUUGUAUUUUACGGCGCAUCGAAAUAGCGUCAUCGUCGGGGAGUGACGAAAUAUGGGCGAGGACUAUAGAAAAACAAGGUCUGGUGCGUUGAUGUCGGAAGAAAAAUACGUAGACCGUGUUAAAGGAAGUUGAGAAAAAUAGAAACGCGUUCGUUCAUCUGGUUCACUUUCGAGUUCGAGUAUUUUUAACAACUUUAAUGUUUCCCAUACGGCCUUCUAAUAUUAUUUCAAUGCAACUCGUGUCGUAUUCCGAAAGCAAGGUUAAAUUGAUCGUACCUAACAUCAUCAUCAUCAUCAUCAUCAUUCGUGCGUGAUCUUAACGAAACACACGUUCAACGUUUUAUUCUCAUUAAAGCGUUUAAUUCUAUCGUAUAAAAGUUCUAAUAAUUGCUCGUGUUUUCGCGAAAAUAAGUAUUAAGAUUAAAAAUAAAGUGAUUAACAAAAAAAAAAAUAAAGAAAAAAGCCGGCAGACUAACCAACAAUGGAUUACUUUGAUGGAGGUACCAGAAACGUGCUCGAUGACGUUUUUGUUAAAACGGCCGUCGAAGUGAAGAGGAUAUUACCGUCCCUGUUUAAUAUCAAAGUGCUUGGAGAAAAAGGUUCAGGUAUCAGAAUACGCGGUGAGAUUCAAGAUUUUAAUGCGUUGAGAUUAGAAUGUCUUCAAAACGGACAACUUUUUGAGGAUCCAGAAUUUCUUGCUGCCGAUUCGUCUCUGUACUUUUCCAAAAGACCGGAUAGAUACAUAGAAUGGAGGAGACCUAUGGAAAUCGCGGACAAUCCACAACUCUUCGUCGAAGGUUUUUCAAGAUUCGAUGUUCAACAAGGAGAGUUAGGUGAUUGUUGGUUACUCGCAGCUGUUGCAAAUCUUACCAUGGAUUCGAAUUUGUUCUUUCAAGUUGUACCGGAAGAUCAAAGCUUUGAGGAAAAUUAUGCUGGAAUUUUUCACUUCAGGUUUUGGCAAUAUGGUAGAUGGGUGGACGUUGUUAUUGAUGAUCGUUUACCUACAUAUAACGGUGAACUGAUAUACAUGCAUUCCGCUGAAAGCAAUGAAUUUUGGAGUGCUCUUUUAGAAAAAGCAUAUGCUAAACUUCAUGGUUCUUACGAAGCUUUGAAAGGGGGUACGACAUGCGAAGCUAUGGAAGAUUUUACAGGAGGGGUUACCGAGAUGUAUCAAAUGGACGAAGCUCCGCCAAAUUUAUUCAACGUUCUUUUAAAGGCAUUUGAAAGAAAUUCACUUAUGGGUUGUUCCAUAGAGCCCGAUCCAAAUGUAUUGGAAGCAGAAACCCCUCAAGGACUAAUAAGAGGCCAUGCUUACAGUAUUACGCGUGUCAAGUAUGUAGAAAUUCAAACACCAAAUCAAUAUGGCAGAAUACCAUUACUCAGAUUACGAAAUCCAUGGGGUAAUGAAGCGGAAUGGAACGGUCCUUGGAGCGAUAAGUCACCGGAAUGGAGAUUUAUUUCUGACGAUGAGAAGAGAGAAUUAGGAUUAACUUUCGACGUAGAUGGCGAAUUUUGGAUUUCCCUUCAAGAUUUUAAAACUUACUUCACGCAACUUGAGAUAUGUAACUUGAAUCCAGAUUCAUUAACUGAAAAUGAUAUUAAUGCUGGAAAAAAACGAUGGGAAAUGAGCGUUUUUGAAGGGGAAUGGGUACGCGGAGUUACAGCUGGUGGUUGCAGAAACUUUUUAGAAACGUUUUAUCAUAAUCCUCAAUAUCGAAUAACAUUGGAACAUCCUGAUGAUGACGAUGACAAAUGUACUGUUAUUGUUGCAUUGAUGCAAAAAAAUAGACGAGCCCAACGAAGAAUGGGUGCGGAUUGUCUUACUAUUGGAUUUGCUAUAUACUAUUUAGAACAACCCGAUAGAUUACCAAAACCAUUGGAUAUCAAUUUCUUCAAGUAUAAUGCAUCCGUAGCACGAUCACCAGCUUUCAUUAAUUUACGCGAAGUUACCUGCCGAUUCAAAUUACCACCGGGUGUCUAUUGUAUUGUUCCGAGUACUUUCGAUCCUAACGAAGAAGGUGAAUUUUUACUAAGGAUAUUCUCAGAAAACAAAAAUUAUAUGGAGGAAAAUGAUGAGGAAGUUGGAAUUGGAGAAGUUGAUGAUAGGGUGAUUAAUCCUAAAGGCACUAAUACGGAUGGGGAUGAUGAAAAAAUCCGUGAUGAACCUGAACCUGAUCGGAAUGUCGAAAAAGUACGAGAAUUCUUUAAAAAACUCGCUGGCGAUGAUAUGGAAGUGGAUUGGAUGGAACUUAAAGAGAUCUUGGAUUUUGCAAUGAGGAAAGAGUUACCACAGUCGACGCGUCGUAGCGAGGCACAUGAACCAGAAUCAGUACAAGGAAAUGAUUCUUUUAUCGACACUGUCAUCUCACUGCUGUGCGGCAUUGUUUGUAAUAAUGAACAAUACAAUAAAUCUGUAGAUACACAAGAUAGAGGAUUUUCUAAAGACGUAUGUCGAAGUAUGGUAGCUAUGUUAGAUGUAGAUCAUUCGGGAAAGCUUGGAUUUGAAGAAUUUAGAACCUUAUGGAAUGAUAUUAGGAAAUGGAGGGCUGUUUUUAAAUUGUACGAUAAGGAUGAAUCUGGACAUUUGAAUGCGUUUGAAUUGCGUCAAGCUUUGAAUAGUGCAGGAUAUAGACUAAAUCAUCAUAUUUUAAAUAUUUUGGUACAUCGAUAUGGAACUUCAGACGGUAAAAUAAUGUUUGAUGAUUACAUAAUGUGUGCCGUACGAUUGAAAACAAUGAUCGAUAUGUUCAGGGAAAGAGAUCCGGAUCAAACUAAUUCAGCAACAUUUACAAUGGAAGAAUGGAUAGAGAAAACAUUAUAUUCUUAAAAUAUUGCAUCUUAUUAUCGUUAAUGCAUUUUCCUCAAUUAUUUACGUGCCUUACAUAUUUAAGGUGUGCAGAUAAAUUCCUCAUCGUUAUUUUUUAUAUUAUAUAAAAUUAUAGAAAAAAUUGGCAUACAUAUAUGCAUUAAUUGCCUAUGAAGUUUGAAAUAU